AUGAAAGCUCACGCUGCCACUCUCCCAAUUCGGAUUCUGACCCAUAAUAUACGCUAUGCCGCCGACCCGCCAGCCACAGGCGAAAAGCCCUGGUCCACACGCAAGCAAUUGAUCCUCAAUGAGCUACACUACAAUACCUUACACAACCCAGAAUCAUUCAUAUGUCUUCAAGAAGUACUCAAUGAGCAGCUAGUUGAUAUCAUGGCCGGUCUGGGCGACGAAUGGACCUACAUCGGCGUAGGCAGAGACGAUGGCAAAACGAAAGGCGAAUACAGUCCUAUCAUCUAUCGGAAAGCCAUCUGGGAACUAGUAACAUGGCAGACCGUUUGGCUAAACGAGAACGGAGCGGUAGGGAAGAAAGGCUGGGACGCAGGAUCUGUCCGCAUCCUCAAUUUGGGCGAAUUCAAGCACAAGCAAAGUAAAAAAGCCAUGGUAGCGAUGUCUACGCACUUUGACAACGCAGGCGCUAUCUCGCGCCGCGAGUCUGCGAAGAUUGUCGAAGAGGUCGUUGUAAAUGUCACUUCGCCCACCUCAAAUACUUCGUCUUCCACCUUACCUUUCUUCCUGGCUGGUGACCUCAACUCUGAGACUUCUGGCGAAGCAUACAAGAUCCUAAACAACGGUUUGUCCAUCAUGCAAGACACAAAGGAGCAGGCCAAGUGGCUGUACGGGGACACGAACACGUUUACGGAUUUUGAUGACCAGACGAAGACGCUGAUUGACUUUGUUUUUGUGGGACCGAGAGGAAAGAGCGAUUGGGUGCUCGAGGGAUAUAGUGUUUUGCCGAAUAAAUUCGAGGAUGGGCUCCAGCCCAUCUUCCCACACUCAACUAUACUCAAGAUGGCCGAAACCGCAGCUGUCGACUACACUUUGGCGAACCCAGAUACUAUCACCAAGUACAAGGUCGCCGCCGAAAUCUCCCAGAAAGUCCUCAAGGAAGUCUCCGGAUGGAUCGUUGCCGAUGCCAGCAUUGUCGAGCUCUGUGAGCGCGGUGACAAGCUCCUAGACGAGGAGGUUGCCAAGGUCUACAAGGGCAAGAAGGUCGUGAAGGGCAUUGGACACUGCACCACCAUCUCCCCAAGCGCCUACAUCACCCCAUACACACCACUCAAGUCCGACACCGAGGAAGCCGCCACGACACUGAAGGAGGGAGAGGUUGUCAAGAUUCAGUUGGGCGCCCAGAUCGAUGGUUUCUGCGCAAUUGUUUGCGACAAUGUCAUUGUUGGCGCCGCUGAGGAAGUCACCGGACGCGAGGCAGAUCUCCUUCUGGCUACACACUACGCCAACGAGCUCCUGCUGAGGUUGAUGGUGCCUCCAAGCUUGGUCCCCCACGGCGAUGAAGAAGAGCAAAAGAAGGCUGCAACAAAGAAGCCCUACACCCAGAGCCAGAUGACCAACAUGCUUGAGAAGGUUGUCAAGGCCUACGGCUGCAACCUCGUCGAGAGCACUACCAUCUGGCAAUUCGACCACAACGAGAUAGAAUCCAAGAAGAAGAUUAUCCUUGCGCCUGGCGAAGGUGUCAGGGGUGACGGUCUUCCUGAGGUCGGUGAGGUGUGGGGUGUUGAGAUGGGUGUCAGUCUCGGAAGCGGCAAGGUCAAGAACAAUGGCAACAGGACUACUCUGCACCGACGUACGGCUACCACCUACCAGCUCAAGCGCCCUACCUCGCGAAGCCUCUUGUCUGAAGUAGUCAAGAAGUUCGGUACCUUCCCCUUCAGUCUGCGACAGCUUGAGGACGAGAAGGGCGCCAAGGUUGGUGUUGUCGAGUGUGUUCGUACUGGUGUACUUCGCCAGUACGAAGUCGUCGUUGACAAGGACAACCAGCCCGUAGCUAGGGUGUUCACAACUGUUGCAAUCACCAAGAACGGAAUGCAGCGCCUAGCUCAACCUACUGCCAUUGACACUUCCAAGUACAAGUCUGACAAGAAGAUCGAGGACGAGGAGAUCCUCAAAAUUCUGGAACAGCCUAUUGGCAAGACUUCAACAAAGAAGAACAAGAAGAAGAAGAAGAAGCCUGCCAAGAAGGCCGCUGAGGGCGGUGCCGCCGCUGAAGAGGAGGAGGACGAUGAUGACGAAGAGUAG